AUAUUGUCCAAUGGAAGCGCUCAUAGCGGUGGCGGUGCUAGUGAACUGCGCUCUGAUUGGUCUGUCCGGCACCGUCAACAGAUUGCUGGGCGACGCCAUGCCGCAAGCGCAUAUACUUGUGUACGUCGGGUUGGAGCAUAUAAUACUGGUAUCAGUAUUAGCGCUGCGUCUCGCCAUACCAGAGAUUCCUUCUUGGCUGGAGACGGAAAUGGCUAAAGUGGAGUUCCAACGACGAGAGGCUAUUAAGAAUUCGCACGCUCCUCUAUUGUCUGAAUGCACGAGCCAAGACGACGUCUCAAAAGCGCGCUCGCCUCGCACCGCCACCCCCACGACGCCCAAAAUGGCCGACGACAAGCAACAAGAGAAGAAGAAGAUCAACAUAGGGAAGAUACCGGAGAUACCGCCGUUUAGUUGAUUUGUGACAAGUAAAAUUGUGCCUGGAUCGGUGUGUAGUUACAUAGUAGUUUUAUUUAGUUUAUAUACUUUUUUAAGGUAGUACUUUUGUUAUUAUUCUUUACCUCACUCAUAAUUUUAUAAGGCUUCUAUUUGAAUAAAUAAUGU